GCACGGAAUCGGAGUCGUGUGUGUGAGCACAUGGAGCCCUUCACGGCUUUGCCGAAACGAGCCGGGGCUCGGCCGGUAUAGAUUGCGUAGAGGCGGCAGGCAGCCAUGAGCCUGUCUACGUGCAACGUUUCUUGUCCCGGCAGAGCCAUAGCCACCAUCUGCCGGCCACUUAAAACGCCUGUGCUGCUGCCGUCUCCCGCCCGGCCUACUAACUGCCACGGUGCCACCGCAUCGCACUUGAUUGGGCCGGGGCGUUGCGCUCUCUGGUCUGGUCAAGGCGUCGAGCGUCCGUCCUCCAAUGGCUGGCGCGGCGGCGGAGCGCAAGGUGAUCAGGGUCCUCCUCGUCGAGGACGAGGAGAUCCACAGGGUUCUGGCGAGGGCGCUGCUGAGGUCGGCCUGCGGCGGCGUGGAGCUGCACGAGGCGGGGACGGGCGCCGAGGCGGUGCGGCGCGUGCGGGAUGGCGGCGCCGCCGCCGCCUACGACCUCAUCAUCACCGACUGGAAGAUGCCCGUCAUGGACGGCCACGAGGCGACGCGGCAGAUUAGGGCGAUGGGCGUGACAACGCCGAUCGUCGGGCUGUCCAGCGACACCCUCCCGCCAGACGUCGACGCGUUCAUCAAGGCCGGGGCCGACGACUUCACCCCCAAGCCUCUGUCCAAGGAGAAGCUCGUCCGUAUCCUUACCAAGUUCCAUCUCGCUUAGCUCUCUAUUUGCUGUCCAAGGAGAAGUUCAUCCGGGUUUUUUUUUUUGGUUGCCAAAUUGGCAAAUACAAUCUCCACUUUGCUCUCUGUUUGGGUGCAAAUCUCAAUGAGUGGAUAAAUAAAGGGUCUCGAAGAAUCGGGUGGGCUUUCUUCCACUAUGGACCUUGGGCCUUAUAUCAGCUCGUGUUAUCCUUCUCGCAUAUAAUUCACACCCGCUCUGUAAUCUGUACGUUGGUUGGUAUUGGCAUCACAUGACAACAAGGCCCUCUUUGUUAGGACCGUCUCCUCUGAAAACAGCUAUAGAUCUGAUUUCUCUAAAGUAGUUAGAGCCAUAUUGCAAUUUAUUUGGCAAA